AUGUCAAAUGAGCUGUGGUUAGGUCUCGCAGCUGCUGUAGGUGCAUCGAUUCUUUUUGGUACUGUCUUUGUACCUGUUAAAAAAGUUGUACCUGGAGAUGGUGAGACACUAUACUUCUGUAUUUUUCCUAAGUCAGUGGCUAUUGUUUUACCGAGCUUUGAAGAAGUUACAUGAUA